AUUUCAAGAUGUCUAAGGCAGCAGGUCGACUGAAAACUCUAAAGAAAGCGAUCGACAAAAUUAACCACACCAGUAAGCUUCGCACGAAUAUCCCGGCCGGGAUGGCUGUAGCUGGUCCUCCACUAGGUCCAAUGCUCGGUCAACGUGGAAUAAACAUUGCUGCAUUUUGCAAGGAUUUCAAUGAACGUACCAAAGAUUACAAGGAAGGAAUUCCACUUCCAUGUCGAGUUGCUGUCACGUCGGAUCGAUCUUAUGAGCUCAUUAUUCAUUCACCACCGGCCACAUUCCUGCUAAAACAAGCGGCUGGCCUUCAACGAGGAGCAAUGAAUCCGGGUAAAGAGGUCGCAGGGAAGAUAACGAGAAAGCAUUUAUAUGAAAUCGCGCAAAUCAAAAUCCAAGAUCCGCCGAAUGCACUCCUGACUCCUGAACAGAUGUGUAAAGCGUUGGUAGGAGUUGCCCGAACGUGUGGGAUUGAAAUAGUUAAUGAACUGGAUUCCACAGAAUACCAGACAUUUUUGGAGGAGAGGAAACAUAUUGUAGAAGCACAACGUAAAGAGUUACAGGAGAAACGCGAGGCCAGGAUGUUACGCAUGGGUUAGAGUAGUAAGCUGCAG